UGCUUCACUUUUCAGGCCUUGCCAAUUUGGCUUCACACAAACUCACACUCGUCUCAUCCUCGUUCGUCAUAACCAAUUAUACUAGUACAAGUUGCAAAACAAGAGCUCUAUAAAAUAUCAUCUCAUUUGGUUUGGCCUUUGCAGCGAUUAAGCAGUGUUUGUGUGGUAGUGUCUUAAUUAAUUGGUUCUGAGUUUCUAAGAACAAUAAACUCUCUACAACAUUUUAUUUUUUCUUUAGUUAUUGUUUUGUUGGAAUUUGCUUAUUGCCUUUGGUGGGUGGACAAGAAUACCAGCUAAGUACAAGCACUAUGUUGGAGGGACAUCAAGUUUUGGGGUUUGGCUUCUUUGUAAUUGGUUUAUGGCACUUGUUCAACCACAUCAAGCUCCAUGCCCUUUGCUCCAUGUCCUACACAUCAACCCUAUGGUUUCCCACCACAAAAUCUAGAUACUUGGAGCUCAAAUUCAUAAUAACAAGCAGCACAAUCUUCAUUGCCUUGGAGCUCUUCAUCUCGCCGGCUCGUCACCAACCAUUCAACCCUGAUGGAUCCAUUCCCUCAGAUCAUCUCCACAACUUUGAACACUCCUCCAUGGCCAUGUCCUUCUUGGUCUAUGCCACCUUUGCCCUAGUUCUUGACAAAAUAUGCUCCAAAGCUCAAUAUGAGUUAACCCAUUUCUUAGGAGCCAUAGCUUUUGCACAACAAUUUCUUCUCAUCCACCUUCACUCUAGGGAUCACAUGGGACUAGAAGGCCAAUACCACUACUUUUUGCAACUUCUCAUCCUUGUUUCUUUGUCCACGACCCUAAUGGGUAUUGGUUACCCUAAUAGCUUCUUGGUCAGCUUUGUUCGUUCUUUCAGCAUAAUGUUCCAAGGUUUGUGGCUUAUGGUCAUGGGGUUUCUGCUUUGGACUCCAGGGUUUCAAGCCAAAGGUUGUGUCACUCACCUUCGUGAAUAUAUGGUCACAUGCAAUGAUGAUGAUGCCCUUCAUCGUGCUAAAUCCUUGGUGAACAUUCUAUUCAGCUGGCUAUUGAUUUUAGUCACCAUUUUCGUGAUGUCUUUCUACUUGGUUCUUGUCACAAGAUAUGGUAUUGAAAAAGUGGAGUAUGCUUCACUGGUAAAGGAGCAGCAUCACCUUGAAAAUGGCUUAACCAUCGACGUUGAAUCCCAAAACCAUAAGCACGCAAACAAUGUGGCAGAUUUGUCAACAUAAAGCUCUCAAUAGCACAUACACAGAUUAAUUGAUAGUGCUUGCCCCCAGGCUAAAAUAUUUCCCUUGAUUUAGUUUCUUGGAUUUGUUCUUAAUUUAUUGUCAUUUUUAUAAUAUUUUGGGUUGUAGAUCUGAUCUUAUUUGAUUUAAUAUAAUGUGAUUUUAAUGCACAAAAUGGUUGUCCUCUUGUA